ACAGCGGCAAGAAUUCAGAAGCGAGCCGCAACGUGCGUGCGUUCACGCGCUCAUGGAGGCGAUGGAGCUCCCGAAUUAGCUCACCCAUGGCUACCUGCGCGCUCCGCCCAACAGCCACCGCCCAUCACCCACCUUAAAGACGCUCGUGCCCGGUCGAGAGAACGAAGACCCGCCGGGCCAGCAUGCACCGCCGAUCGACAAUGGCGCGGCGAUCAUCAUCAGCGGCGGUCGUCCCGAUGAUCGUCCUCGCCGCCGCCCUCGCGUCGUCGCUUCUGCCGGCCGCGGCGGCGGGGGGCGGUGCUGGCGCGUCGUUCGGCAACUGGAUCGCGCUGAACCAGCAGAGCUACGCGGUGAACGCGGCGCUGUACGCGCAGAAGUCCGCCGGCGAAGGGGGCAAGACCCUGGACACGAACCUCUCGGCCGCCGAGGAGAAGAAGGUGGUGUACGUCGUGGACCCCAGCGGCGGCGGCGACUACACCAACAUCACCGCCGCGCUCGCUGACAUCCCCGACGGCAACACGAAGCGGGUCAUCCUGGACCUCAAGCCCGGCGUGGUGUUCCGCGAGAAGCUCUUCCUCAACAUCAGCAAGCCGUUCAUCACCUUCAAGUCCGACCCGAUGAAGCCGGCCACCAUCAGCUGGAACGACACGGCGGCGACGCUUGGCAAGGACGGGAAGCCCGUCGGCACCGUCGGGAGCACGACGGUGGCCGUCGAGUCGGACUACUUCAUGGCCUACGGCGUGGUGUUCAGGAACGACGCGCCGCUGGCGAAGCCCGGCGCCAAGGGCGGGCAGGCGGUGGCGCUGAGGCUGUUCGGGACCAAGGCGGCGCUCUACAACUGCACCAUCGACGGCGGGCAGGACACGCUGUACGACCACAAGGGGCUCCACUACUUCAAGGACUGCCUCAUCCGCGGCAGCGUCGACUUCAUCUUCGGCUUCGGCCGCUCCUUCUACGAGGACUGCCGGAUCGAGUCGGUGGUGAAGGAGGUGGCGGUGCUCACGGCGCAGCAGCGGACCAAGUCCAUCGAGGGCGCCAUCGACUCCGGCUUCUCCUUCAAGAACUGCAGCAUCGGCGGCGUCAAGGGCGGCCAGAUCUACCUGGGGCGGGCAUGGGGGGACUCGUCGCGGGUGGUGUACGCGUACACGGAGAUGGGGGAGGAGGUGGUGCCCAUCGGCUGGGACGGCUGGAACGUCGCCAAGCCGGAGAGCAGCGGCAUCUACUACGGCGAGUUCAAGUGCUUCGGCGCCGGCGCCGACGCCAAGAAGAAGAAGCGGGUGGGGUGGGCGCUCGACCUUACGGAGGAGCAGGCCAAGCCCUUCGUCGGCGCGCACUACAUCUUCGGCGACUCGUGGAUCCAGCCGCCGUCCGUCACCUCCGGUGGCCAAGCAGGAAAGAAGGGGAACCAGACGGAAGCGGCAGCGGCACCGCAGGCGGCGGCGAAGGCGCCAACAACCGCGGAAGCGCCGGCGGCGGCGGAAGCGACGACAAACGUGACAGCGGCGAAGGCGCCGGCGGCGGAAGCGAAAAACGCGACGGCGGCGAAGACGACGCCGGCGGCGGAAGCGAAGAAUGCGUCAGCGACGGAAUCGGCGAAGGCCUCGCCGGCGGCGGAAGCGACGAAGUCGUCGUCGUCAGCAGCGACGCCCAAGUAGAACCCGUUAUUGGGCUGGAUAGGUCGAUCCUAAUUGGGCUGGAUAAGAUUUUCCUGAUUCGGCCCGUGAGCGACCCAUGUACAUUUCGUAGUUUUUAUUUCUCUCAUUUUCAUUUGCUUUGGAUUCAUUGUAGUAGCAGUCCAUCGAAUCAGGGGGCGUUUGGAUAUCAGGUGCUAGACUUUAGCAGUAUCACAUCGGAUGUUCGGAUGUUAAUUAGAAGGAC